CGACCUCUUCCUCGCUCUUCACAGUUCCUCACCUCAACAUCCUCUAUUCCUAGUCUCAUUCUUUCCCGACGACUGCAAGAAACCACACUUUGAUCCGCACGACUUUACGACUGACGACCCACGAUGAGCAACGCUUACCAGCGCCCACAACACGCGCGCUACAACAACUUUCAUGGGCCCAAAAAGGCGCUCAUCGGGCACCCUGCGCGCCAGGUGCCCCCGUCGUGGCGGCCGAACGCUGCGCCACCACCGCCAGGGAGCAAGAUCCUCAUCAGUAGGCUACCCAUUGAUGUUGGGCUGCAGGAGGUAGAGGAACUGUUCAGAAAGACCGUCGGCCCGUUGCGAGACGUCUUCUUGAUCUACAAUAGCCAGGGGCACUCGAAGGGCAUGGCCAUCGUAGCGUUCCAGCGUAAAGGGGAUGCGGCGGUAGCGAGGGCAAAGUACCAUAUGAAGGUCGUGGACGGACGCAGACCCAUCCUCAUCGAGAUCAUUGUGGACGACGACGCACCGUCCGCGGCAGCACCAGCAGGCCCGCCAUCUCUCAUCGAGCGCAUAGGCGGCGUGACCAACGCAGCGGGCCACGCCGCACCCACCAAAUCCAAGAAGGCCGGCAAACAAGCCGCAGCCGCCGCCCAACAGACUCCCGUCAUGGCCCUGGAAGCCGCUGCCACUGCCGCUGUCCCCCCUCGGCGCGCGCGUGCCAGGAAGGGCGCACGGAGGCUGCAGAAGCGCGCCACCGCAGGAGCGGGGGCGGCAGCGGCACCGGUGAAGAUGCCGUCGAAGACGAAGGAGCAGCUGGAUCAGGAGAUGGAGGAUUAUCGAGCGUCAGCGAGUUCGUGAGGGGGUGAAGAGGGUGGUGGUUGGGGAGGGGAGAGGGGUGAGAGAGGAGAGGGAAGAAUGGGCGACAAGAUAGGUGAAAGGGUGUUGGUUCAUGGUGUUUGUAUAUGUACGUCGAAGCCUUGUGAACCUUGAGGCGUGACUAAGGUCUCGCAAGGUGUAGGGAGGGGAAGGUCUAAUGUCAUCCGCGCUUUUGUACAUUGGUUCUGUAAUCCAAUUUGCAUUGCUUUCGCCCAUCUUCACCUACAAUACGACUCUGUUGCCAGCCU